GGAUCAGUGUUUAUUUUAUCUAAUCUUUCUAGAGAUAAGUUUCGUAUAUGAAGAGUAGAGAACAUUUCAAACAACCCGCGCUGUAGCGUCAGCUGUUUCUGUACGUUCUCAACAUGGCUGCUGACGGACAAGUUCGCGGUUCCGGCGCGGUGUACAUGAUGGGCGACCACACGCUGGCCGUCCCCAUGGAGCUGUUCGCGGUAAACCGGCGCCGCCUGUGCGACCGCCUGCGGAAGAACACGAGGGUGCCCGAGGGCGCGGCCGUGGUGCUGCAGGGCGGCGACGAGAUCCCCCACUACGCCAGCGACACCGUCCAUCUCUUCCAGCAGGAGGCCUACUUCCAAUGGACGUUCGGCGUCGAGAUGCCCGGCUACUACGGCGUCGUUCAGGUGUCAUCAGGGAAGAGCAUCCUCUUCAUGCCGCGCCUCCCGGAAGAGUACUCCAUCUGGAUGGGACAUCUCUUCACUCCGGAAGAAAUCAAGGCCAAGUACGCCGUGGACGAGGUGUUCUACGUAGACGAGAUUGUGAAGGUGCUAUCGAGCAUGCAGCCUUCCGUGCUACUAACACUGAGUGGUGUGAAUUCUGACAGCGGUCUUACCAAUCGAGCUGCAAUGUUUGAUGGUAUUAGUGUGUUCAAUGUGAAUGACACUCUUCUUUACCCAGAAAUUUCUGAGUGUCGAGUGAUAAAAACACCGAUGGAGAUAGAAGUAAUUCGUUACGCCAACAAGAUUUCAUCUGAAGCUCAUAUACAAAUCAUGAAAAAGAUUCGUCCUGGUAUGUACGAAUAUCAGUGUGAAGCAAUAUUCUUGGAGUACUGUUAUUAUGUGGGUGGCUGCCGUCAUGUGGCUUACACAUGCAUCUGUGGAUCUGGAAAUAAUGGUGCUGUGUUACAUUACGGACAUGCUUCGGCACCCAAUAGCAAAAGGAUCAAUGAUGGAGAUAUGUGCUUGUUUGAUAUGGGUGGUUCCUACUGUGGCUAUGCAUCGGAUAUCACUUGCUCAUUCCCCGCUAAUGGGAAGUUCACAAGAGAUCAACGCCACAUCUAUAAUGCAGUGUUGAAAGCCAAUGAUGCUGUCAUGCAAGCUGCUAAACCUGGUGUGAGCUGGACUGAUAUGCACAGGCUGGCUAAUCGUAUUUUGCUGGAAGAAUUGCGUGACAAAGGGAUAUUAAAGGGUGAUGUUGAUGAAAUGCUCAAGGCUGGUAUUGCUGCAAUUUUCCAACCACAUGGACUGGGACAUUUCAUGGGUUUGGAUGUGCAUGAUGUGGGAGGCUAUCUGCCUGGUCACCCAGAGCGCCCAGAUGAGGCUGGAGUUAAUAAGCUGAGAACGGCCAGGAUUCUGGAGCCUGGAAUGGUCUUGACUAUUGAACCAGGAUGUUACUUUAUUGACACUUUACUUGAUCGAGCACUGUCUAACCCAGAACAAUCUAAAUUUCUUGUACGGGAAGAAAUAGAUAGACUGAGGGGCUUUGGCGGUGUACGAAUUGAGGAUGAUGUUGUCGUAACAGAGACUGGUGUCAUCAACCUCACCAAAGUUCCUCGCACGGUUAAGGAAAUUGAGGAAACUAUGGCAUCAGGUCAUAAGGAGGAAACCACUGCACCCAAAGAGGCACAUCCACACAACGUGAAGUGUCAAAAAAUACUCUGAAACAUGUAACUGUCUACAAAAAUAUUACUGUAUUUCUAAAUGAAAUUUAUUGUGUUUCUACUAUGGUGCACUGAGCACUAUUCCAUUUUUGCAGUAUCUGAUCCUCUUGAAUGGUGAUCAAUUAUCUAUGCACUGAAUUUACAAGUGCCAUAAGGUGAAUUAAUUACAAAUAUUUUAAAUAUGAUGGUGAUGAAUAUUUUUGCUAUAAAUUUAUGUAUGUAAAACUAAAAAUGUAAGAGACAAAAUAAAAAGGGUUAAUUGUUUCUCAUUUUA